AUGGAGGAUAUUGCUUCCUUUCUUGUGUCUUCGUCCUUGGAUGAUGACACUUAUCCUGCGGUUUCUUUCCCUUCGGGGGAUAACGCAAUCAAAGUCAUUCCUUCUUUGAUGGAGGAUAUUGCUUCCUUUCUUGUGUCUUCUUCCGUGGAGGAUGAUACUGAUCCUGCGGUUUCUUCCCCCCUUGGGGAUAACGCUGAUCCUUCCGUCGUUGGUGGUUCGUCGGUUGGAAUUGGAUCUUUGGAAGUACCUCUUGUCUCUCCUGGUUCGGUCACCAGCGUGGAAUGGCCCGGUGUAGGUUCUGUCUCGCCCUCUCCGGUCUUUUCUUGCUCUCCUUCUGCCUCUCCCGUUGUGGGACCUGCUUCGUCUUCUUCGGUCUUGGCUAUUGGAUCAGCUUUGGAUGAGUUGGAAUCUCUCCCGCCCUCCUCUUCCUUCACAUCUGUGAAUUUGGCGUCUCCUCCUGGUUUUCCUCGGCCUUCUCUUUGGCUUUCUUCUGCUGGUGAGCCUUCUGAGGAAUUGCGCUCUCCCUCGCUCUCGCCUAUUCUCAGACAAGGGAAUCUCGCUUCGCCCGUUUUUCGUCCGCUUCGUUCCUUCCGGGAAAUCGUUGACGCCGCUCCCCCGUUGGCCGGUUUGUCUUUAUUGCCAAAGACUCCGGUGUGGUCUCCUGUUGCUUCGUCUUCUGCUUUGGAGGAUCCAAAGGUUGGAGAAAAAAGAAGAUCCUGCUUUCCUUCUCCCCGUUUUUCUCCUCGUCGCCGGGUAAUGUCUGUUCCUGCUGAGGACACGUUUUCUUUGCCUCCGCCCGCUCUUUCUUCUGGUGUCGGUGAUGUUGUGGCUUCUUCGCCUUCUCCGGUGUCUUCGGUUUCUUCUGCGGCCUCUGCGGUGACUUUUGUUGCCACCCCUUCUUCUUUGUUUUCUGCUGCUGCUGUUGCUGCACCUGCAGUUAUCGUUGCUUCUCCCCCUUCUCCUGUGCUUUCCGUUGCUGCUACAGUCAGCGUGGCCAGUGUUGCUUCCUCUCCUUCUCCCCGGCCUUUUUCUUCCUCUUUGCGUGUUGACGAGCCGGCAACCUCCCAUCCCAUGGUUCGCCGAACUCGUUUCUCCUACGUCGGAUCUCCCUGGGAAAACUUGGACCCUGAAAAAUUCAGGGAUCCAUUCAGCAGAACAGAGCAACAGGAACAGAGAAAAUGUUUUUUUACUCGUCCUCCUGGUCCAUCCAGGCUAUAA